UUGGGGUUCUUGGUCUGAAAAUUCUCGCGCCGAAGGGUCAACCAGCCCAAUUAGCUCGUCACCACCUGUCCCCUCCUCCUUUGAUGGCAAAACCAGGUUAUUGAGACAGUACAGCUCCCCCUAGCACACCCAGGGCCGUGUACAUAGUGCCCGUCCACCUUCCUGAUGGCGUCUGCCUCCGCGCACAAAGAUGAGAUGGGCAUUUCUGCCUUCCAACCGACGGCCAUGGAGGCCCGCGCAUCUGCCCCUUUGUACCUGACGCACCAGUGCCGACCCAACUCCACCAUUACGCACGCCUCGCGGCGGGUGCGCCGAAGCAAGAAGGUAUCGGUCCCUUGA